UUUUAUAGUAUAGUUUUAGAAUUUUUAUUCUAGAGUGAGGUUCUUUGAACUUGUCAACCUGACGCCUUGGUCGCUUUCAUGAACAGAAAUUGCCGUCUAGAUUGAAUGACCGAUUGCCAGUGUUUCACAUUUUGACAAAAUAAGGACUGAACAAACGGGCCGACAUGGAGGCAGUGCCGAGAUUGCCGAUGAUAUGGUUUCAAGUAAAAGUUAGCCCGGAGCCGACUACUUUUGGACCAAAACUCAAACAGUACAUACGAGAUUUUUAUAAUGAGGAUCCUGAGUCAUACAACAAUGAGAUACAUCAAUUGGAAAGUUUACGCUCAAUGGCAGUUAGACCACCCGUUGAUAUGGCUGGUUGUGUGUUGCUAAAGAAAUAUUACUGCCAAUUACAUUUCCUUCAGAGUAGAUUUCCCAUGGGCAAGGAUGGUCCUGCUGCAGUCACAUUUACAUGGAGAGACACUUAUGCAAAUAUGGUGUGUUCAUUGGCUAACAUUCGUUUUGAAAUGAUAUCCAUUUUAUAUAAUAUUGGCGCGAUACAUAGUCAACUGGGCGCACGCACAGAAAGAAAUAGUGCAGAUGGAAUGAAAAUGGCAUGUACUCAUUUCCAAUGUGCAGCUUGGGCUUUUGAGCACUUAAAAAAUAGUUACCCUCAACCAUCCGGUGUGGAUCUAGCGCCAGAAUUAAUGACUUUUAUGCAUCAGCUCUGUUUGGCACAAGCUCAAGAAUGCAUAUUGGAAAAGAGCAUGUUGGAUAAUCGUAAACCGACAAUUGUAGCAAAAGUCGCGAAGCAAAUAGUAGACUACUUUACCAUGGCAUUAAACACAUUGGAGCAAGGUGGAAGUGAAGAUGGAACUGCUGUAUCUGAUACCGUGGGUACCAAGAUUUAUAAGAGCUGGAAACGUUAUGUGAAGUUUAAAAAGGCGUAUCACUCAGCUGUCACAUAUCUUUAUCAAGGUCUUGCCGCUGAGGAACAAAGAAAAAUGGGAGAGCGAGUAGCUUUUUAUAAUGCUGCAUUAGCGUCUCUUAAUGAGGCACAUGCAAUUUAUGAUUUCGCUAACGUAAAAGAAGAAAAAGCCGCAGUGGAAGAAUCACUCACAUUCACAAAUGAUGUGAUAGAAGGAAAGAGAAAAGCUGCUAAAAACGAGAAUGAAUUUAUCUAUCAUGAGGAAGUGCCGGAAAAGGAAACUCUUCCUACAGUGAAAGGUGCUUCUUUAGUCAAAGGAAUAUCCUUCAAUAUAAGUGAUCCGGAGGUAUCAGGACAAGAUAUAUUUGCGAGAUUAGUUCCUAUGAAAGUGCAUGAAGCUAGUUCUCUUUAUUCGGAAGAAAAGGCAAAAAUAUUGCGUUCUGUUGGAGCAAAAGUCGAGGAAAAGGAUCAAUAUCUCAACACUUUUCUGACUUCCUUAAAGUUGGAACACUUGAAUUUGUGGGAUCCUGAUAUACAAACUUCAGAUUGGGAAUGCUUACCUCUCCCAGAAGAAUUAGUCGAACGAUGCGCGGCACUUAACGCAAAACAACAUGUCAUUCAAGAUUUGAUAGAUAUUAUGGGAAAAUUAUCCGAAACAAGUCAAGAUGUUGAGAGAGUACUAAAGGAUAUAUCGAAACUUCUAUUGGAAGAGGAACAAAAAGAAAAGAAAUAUCAAGAUGCAGUAGGUAAGAGGCCACCGUCUAUAGUAGCGACAGAUUUAACGAGAGAAGCUAAAAAAUACGAAGAAGCACAUAAUAAGGCUUCUGAGAGCAAUCAGGCUCUUCAUAAAGCAAUAACAAUGCAUGUGAAAAACUUAAAAGUUCUCUCGCAACCGUUGGCUGAUUUAAUGGCGCAGAUUCCUUCACCGACCACAUAUCUCUUGGAUCAAAGUUCCGAAAAAUCACAAAACGCAAAAGAAAUAGAGAAAAUGCAUACUAAAGAAUUGAAACGUAUAUUGAGUAAAGUAGAUGAAAUGCGAAUGCAGAGACUUGAUUUGCAUACUAAAUUACGGGAUCAAAUUGCGCAGGAUGAUUUAACACGUUUAUUGGUCACAGCAACAUCCGAAUCUGCUUCUCUGGAUCGUUUAUUUGCAGAUCAGCUUAGCAAGCAUCAAAGUUUGGUAAACUUAAUAGAGCAAAAUCUUGCUGCACAAGAUAAUAUAUUAACGGCUUUAACAGACGUAUACGCGCAGACCGCUAACGUACGAAAGAAUGUCGAGGAGAUACUAAAACGUAGAGAAAUUAUGAUAUCCUCUUUGAUUAAUUCUUAUGACGCAUACGAGGAUCUACUAGCAAAAUCGAGCAAGGGCUUAGAAUUCUAUAGGAAAUUAGAAAUAAAUGUUGCGAAGUUAUUACAACGAGUUAAAAGUACGUGUAGAGUGCAAGAGGAAGAGCGGGAGCAAAUACUUGCUCAGGAUAGUAAGAACACAUACGAGAAGACUGAUGCGACAAUACCGUCGACCUACGAUCAAGGACGUACUCGAUCUAACAAUGGCCUGAAAUUAAAAGAUUACUUGAACAACAGAGCAGAAGGCAGUAGUACUGGUUAUCAGAAUCCAUAUUACAAUUUUUACAAAGGGCAUGCUGCAACGAUGCCAAUCGAUUCAACAUCGAAGUCACUGGCGACUGACAUGGCAGACAAAAAUUUAAUUCAAUCUCCAAGUGCAAUACCCGGAAGUGCAUCGGAAAUUCCGUCUUCGUCUGUGAAAUCCUCGCAACACUACUACCCCGCAACAUACAACCCUGCCGAUUACAGAACAAAUUCUCCGUACGCGUACGGCACUCAGAACUAUUACGAAAAUCCAAUUGUCAGCAAUACUCUGAAUCAGAAUUAUUUACCAACCACUAAUACGAACACUACGAACGUCUACCAGCAACCAGCCUUGUCCACGCCAACUGCUAAUGCAUCUAAUUCGAAUGCGCAGUAUCCUGCAAGCUCCUACGUACCAAAUGGACAAACUCUACUUGCGGCCACCACCGGACAAGAUAAAUUCCGCGGCGUCUCGCAUUCUAACUACAACGUCUCUAAUACUGCUUUGCAAUACGAUGCAUAUCAGUCGCCAACCGGUUACAGUAGUUACAAUGUUGCAACGCCGUACGUUCCCAAUCAAGAAGCAGCUGCCGCUGCAAUUAAUAGCGGAACAACAGAGGUGCCAUCGCAGGUUCAACCAGUGACGCAGAUGCCUGUCUCUACGAUCGGUGUAACCAUAAGUAGCACGUCGUCGACGGAUGUUCAAGGGCAAACUUACAGUAUUGCGCAGCAAGCUCAGCAAUAUAAUAAUCAACAGAAGACAACUUUAGGCCAAGAAAUAUCUCACGGUGAUCAGAACUCCAUUGGAUCUCAGCAGGCGCUAUCAACGACGGAUAAUACACUGACGCAGAACUAUUCACUGCCUCCAGCUGGCCAUCCCGACAUGACGUAUCCCCAAAAUUAUCAGAAUGCCGCGUAUUACAAUCCAGCGGAAAACCAACGAAUCUCAUAUACUCAUAAUACAUACGACACCGCAACUGUCGUUCCUCCGACGCAAUAUAUGCAAUCGCCGCAACCGAAUGCCAGCAAUCAGCCUGUACACUCUAUAACAUCGACAAGUGAGGCUCCGACGUCGUAUCCCUCGAAUUUACACAGCGUUAAUCCUGUCCAGUAUUCGCAGCAAACCAAUACAGAGCAGAGUACGCAGAGUUAUACGGAUAAAACGUAUGCCGCGUACGGUACGCAGGUGCAAAUGAACGCUGUCGCUCAAAAUUAUCCAAGUACUUAUCAAAAUUAUCACAACGCCGCUGGUGUGUCGUAUCAACAGACCAACAUGCUACCCGGAGACACGUCUAACACUUAUGCUUAUUUAAACAGCUCAGGUGGCUCGGAAAUAAUACAGAGCCACACGAAACCAACAACAACAGUGCAGAGUUAUUCGCAAUCGUAUCAAUACUCGCAGCAAGCUCCUUAUUCGGGCUACGUGCAAUAUCCGAAUUAUUCGCAAGGCCAAAAUUAUGCCUACAUGCAAAAUACCCAUGGAACCAACACAAUGACGUAUACGUACAAUCCCGUUAGUCAAGCUCAAGUUUAUAGUUACGCCUCUAAUCCCCAAGGUGCACAGACUUCUCAAGCAUUAGAGGCGACAGUUCCGGUGACGUCCACCGACGUUGCGGCUGGUAAUGUUUAUCAGCAGCAGGAAACAAAUGCAAGAUAUACGAAUGCGGGCAACAAUACUGUCAGUCAAACACCGUCAUCACAGUACAGCCAAGUUUAUCAGUCUCAGACAGGGAACGACACGUAUUAUACUAUGCCUUACGGUCUUCAAAUGCAAGGUCAAGCUGGUUCAGUUACGAAAUCUGAAAGUCACACCAAUUACAAUCAGACUUACAUGCAGGCCGUCAAUAGCGGGACAAACACAACAACAAGUGCUAAUCCAAUGAAACUCACAACCAAAUCCGAUGAACUGAAAUCAAAUGUUGAUCUUCUUGCUGAUCUCGACAUUACUAUAAAUCAUGCGCCUCUCGUGCCGGAGGUACGACCUCUUUCCACAGUGCAGAAAAAAGAGGAGACGGUAACAAACAAUACUGCGGAAGAUGAUAAGACGGAAAAAAUCGAUCAAGAUAACCCCCAUAAGACUGAACAAGAGGCAACGGUUUCUACUGAGGAUAAAAGUGAUCAUGAAAAUUUACAAAUUGUAUGGGAUACUUGGUACAAUGACGUUCAACCGAAAAAGGAUCCUUUAGGAGAACCAGCGGCAUUACAAAAGUUUGUCAAUGACGUUGAGAAAUAUGAAAAAUUCGUGGAUAGUUUACUCGUGAAAACUCUAAGCGGAGCUACGAAUCUUGAUAUUAAGUGGAAAGAAGUUCAAGACUUUGAAGAACGAGAAGAUGGAAAACAGUCAAGUACUGUAGCGUUGGCUCAUUCGUCUGAAAAUCGAACGGUCGAUUGUAUUCCAUAUGAUACUACACGAGUGCAAAUAUCAUCGUCAGAUAUUUCGUCGUAUAUAAAUGCAUCUCAUAUUAUGGAAAUCACGCAAUGGAUACCUACAGCAUUUAUUAUAACUCAAACGCCAUUACCAGAUAAAUUGGACGUUUUUUGGGCAAUGAUUUGGGAACAAGAGAGCGAAGUUAUUGCGUGUUUAGCAUCUAAUGCCCAGCUGAAUGGAGAGUUAUACUGGCCCAUAAGUGAAGACAGCAAUUUGGAUGUAGGAAGUUUUACAAUCUCGUUAAAAAAGAUAGUUAAUCACACAACCUACAUUCAAAGAACACUUUCCAUACAACAUAAUAAAAAGAAAUCUGAAAAAGUCGUUGUACAUAUGCAGUUUCUUACGUGGCCUUCUAAUGGUUUUCCAAGUAGCCCCGGUGCUCUACUUGCAUUUUCAAGCGAUGUGAUGACAGAGCAGGCAUUAAGACGUUGCUCUCCCAAGCCCGUAGUUGUACAUUGUUUAGAUGGCGGCUCGUUAAGUAGUUUGUUUUUAGUAGCUGCUACAACAGUAUGUCAUAUACGAGCGGGUUGUGGAAUCGUGGAUGUUCCACUGGUUUUCAAAGGCCUUGCAAAAUGCCGCAAACAAGUCGUAAAUAAAGAAUCGUUGUUAUUUGCUUAUAGACUGGUAUUAUAUCACGCUCAGGACAUUUUAAUGAAACGUGGAAUUUUGUCAUCUACUCGAUCCACAUUUGAGAAUUUUGACGGAUUCAAAGGAAACAAGGAAAAAGGAUCAAAGAAAUCAAUACAAUGUCAUCCUUCGGAUGAUUUUCUUCACAAUCUUGGCGUAGGAAUGCAUCGUUCUGAUUCUGAACAAGGAAAAACGCAAACAACUUUAACAAGUGAUAGUACAUCAAGUAAAAAUUCAACAUCGUCAGAAAAAUCUAAUGGCGGAGUUCUCGAUCCUUUAAGCCAAUUGGAUCCUUUGUGGUCUAUCAGAAGAUAAUUAUGUAAUGUUAGAAAUGUAAAUUCCAUUGUGCAGCUUUAAGAUUAUUUAAACGAAAUAGCCAUUCCUAUCUUUGUUAAAGUCGAAUGUUAAAGAGAUCGAAAAAGAAUGCCGAGCUAGAAUUUUUAAAACAGUUUGUAUAAAUAAUAUAACGGAAUAACGUAAAAUAACAACGCAUCACAAAUUAGUCUUGAAAUAAAAGACAUUUAUUCAAGUAUUUGCUAAUUCUUAAGUUUUAACGAUGUUUUACAGUCUAUUAAAUAUAUAGAAUAAAAAAUAUAAAACACA